AUGAACGCGCAAUUUCUACACACGGGCCUCGGCCUGGCUAACUAUCUACAGUCCACGUUUGCUCCAAGGCUUGCAGAGAACGGCGAUGUGCCCAGCGAGUUCGAGCAACCGUCGGGCCGUCCGAGUCGGCCGCCUGCGAUGAUACGUUCGCUCAUCGACUCUGGGCGUGCGUAUUUUCGCCUAUCUCAUCAGAAUGUGCUGAACAACCUAUUAUGUGUGUUCGUGCCCGUCGGCAAGGUCCGCAACCUUGUGCCUGACCUUUACAUCCCCGCCGUUUCGAUUUCGACAUUUCUGCUGCUUCGUUCGGUUUACAUCUGUUCGUCCGAUCCUGUGCGGUAUCGUCUAAACGACGUGCUGGCUCGGUCGCUGACGAGGAUCAGCUUGGUGUCGGUGCUGGAGCUUCUCGUGUUGACGGCGGUGCUUUAUGCGACGAGUUCUACCCAAUCACCCAUGGAUGCCAUAUACCAGAUGCCAGCUUCAAAUGCGAAGGUUACCGGCAGCAUGUACGGUGCCGCGAAGGGAGACAUCGGGAAUUUCGGUUACGGAGCUUCGGAGCAGCAAGGAGCCGGCGGACGUUUCUUUGGCCAGGAUGCAGGCGCCGGAUUGAACACGCGGGGCCAUCAAAACAACCACGGGGCGAUAUCGAGCCCUUUUGAAAGCAGAAAUGCGCACCAAUCGCAAACAAUGGGUGACGGCGCGAUGACUGGUCCCAUGGAUUCGGGACAUCGUGAUUCCACCGGCGGAAACGCCGCACCGGGAAGGAGCCAAGACGCCAACGGCGCCACGAAGUAUUUCGGCGACCACAUGAACAUGCCGCUCACAGGCCGCCACACGCUCUACCUGGGCCAGAAGCUGCUCCUCAUCGGCUACAAGUACGUGCUGCUGAACUGCUACAUUCUCUCAUUGUUGUUGGCACCGUUCCGCGGAGUGACGAUAACUGUGGCACUUUACGUGAGUUUGUGCUCGCUACUGUUUGCGUUAAGGACGAUGCUGUCACUGAGGGUUGUGGAAAACCGCAGGGCUUAUCCGCUGCUGAUCAUCUUCCCGGUGCUACAGCCGCUGUUCUGCUACGUGCUGCUUCCACGCGUCUGA